GGGAGCCCGGGGCUUGACAGACAGACAGACUGACUGACAGUCUGACAGCCCGAGAGUCCAGACCAGGGAGAUUCUGGAGGAUCAUCCAUCGUCAUCUGUCUGUGGCCUGUGGUCCCGUCCCUGUCUGUUUCGCUCCCCCGUUCCUACCACCUCAUGGACUCUUACACGAGUCCCCAAAACCCUCAGUUCAGCUCAUUCACCGCACCAGGCCCAACCGACCUGCGUGCAUCAUCUUCCCUGACCGUCUCUGCCUAGUUUCAAGCUUGCUCACCUUCUUCCCUGCCUAGCCUCAGUUGUUAGUCUGCUGUUCGCCCGCCCGCCCUACUCUCAUUAGACUUAUUAGGCGCAUGCGACAAGACAAUACCCUACUACUACAAUGCACGGUCGUACCCGGUAGCGAAGUAACGAGAAGCCAUGUUCGGGUCUAGACGACGUCGCCCACCCAAUCCGCCUCUCAAUGCUUCCACCGCAAGCCCGAGCGCAGCUACUGCUGCCAUCUCAGCCUUCACCCGUCGCGAGUCGAGCACUUCCUCGCUGAGCGCCGCCGCCGCCGCCGCCGCCCUCAAGGCCCGUCCCACCACCCCCACCAACGUCGCAGAGGUCCAGACAAAGAGGAACACCCGGAGGAGUGCGUCGCGAUCCUCGUCGGCCGGAAGGAGCACUCCCGACACCUCGGCCCGGCCGGGAGGGCAGCUUAGGCGGCAGGGUAGCUCCGGGUCCAUGACAGAGCGCACGUUCCGGUCCCCGUCGCCCGGAGCGCAGCCACAGAGGUCCCCUAGUAGCAGUGCAAUCCUGAGGAGCUCGUAUCAGCCAGACGACAUGGCGCCCCCCGUGCCAGCCAUACCGCAGAGCGUCAACAUGCAGGCCGCCCAGGCGAGGCAGAAGCCCAAGAGCCUUGGAAUAGUCACUGCGCCUGUGAGGACGGCGUCGCAGAAGGCUAAUAGGGCCGGCGGAAGCUGGUUUGGCCCGGCCAAGACGGGUGACCCGGCCAAUGUGAGGACCUCGGAUGCGAUCCUGUCGACGUCGCCAACGGUACAGACCCAUACACAGAUACAGGCACAGGCACAGACCCAUGCGCCACAACAACGUGAUAGCUUGGAGAUGCAGGGCAGCCGUGGUUCGCCGGUGAACUUCUCGUAUCCUGCGCGCAUCCGCAGUCCUACAUUCGUCAGGCCUGAUGAAACAGCGCAGCCAGCGGCCUCUGCGCCCGAACCUCGCGCGAAGACCAAGCGGAGGAGCUCGACAAUCUCUCCCCAACGGGGAGGCUCCGUCAGGUCCGCACGAUCUUCAUCCGUGAGCACAGAACCGACGCUCGUCUAUGAUCCGAAUUCCAGGAGAAUGAUCCCCCAGGCCGAUCUAUCAGCCCUCGAACAGAGGAUACAGACAGCCUCUGAAGCAAAGCCCAAAAAGAAGAAACAGUCGCCGGCUCGAACUGGCUCACAUCUAGCCAAAGGGACGGUCAGUCGACCACAGGGUAGUGCAGUAGGGCCCGGAUCUACCACAGCGGCACAGGCAGCUGCCGCUACCUCACUGCGAUCGCAUCAGGCGGAGGACAGACGCUGCGCGGUACAAGAAUUAGAAGAUGAAGACGACCGACGUGUCUCCUCAACAGCUCCCGGUGCCCCACGGACAGCAGUACCAGCAGCAGAGCAAUACACCGGAGUUGCGCUGCCACAUACUCGAUAUGCACAGGCAUCGAUGUCGCCUGCCUCAAGCGCGCCAGAAGUUAUGCCCGAGUCACGUCCCCCGGCUGUCGCGACACAUCAGACGAGCUUACAGAGGAAACCAUCUGUGGUCAGAGAGGAGUCAGAAUCGGAGGAUUUGGAGUCUGAGAUUGAGCUUGAAGUACCAAAUCUUGUAUCGACGCCCCCAAAAUCCUCUUCUCCUCCGAAUACUGUGCCAGCUCGACAGAGCGUCUACGCCCAUGGCGUCCCGUCUCCGCCUCGGAGUGAUCUCACGGAGGACCUGCCCGUUGAGCCAGCCCGUCCUCCCCCUGCGAUACCGGUCGAGCUCGCCGCAGCACCGCCUUCUUCCUCCACGGAGCCUCGGCUUGCUUCUCAGGAUGCAAACGAAGUGGUCGCUGAACCUCAAGGCGUGCAAGAUAUCCGACGCGAUUCCCGGAACCAUUCAAAAAGCCCCGUGCGCAAUGCCCGCUUUGGUCCAGUGCAAGAUAGCCUGACUGUACGGCAUGAACCCCCGCCAAGAUCAAUAUCUCCGAGAAAGUCGGCCCUGAAACACCAGAGUCCUUCUCGCGGAGCAUCUCCCGCAGAUGCCGUCUCGGACGGGUCUGAGGCCGGCAUUCCUUCCCACGAACAGGCAUUGCCUCGGAAGAAGUCAGUCCGCGUCAGCUUUGACGACGGCAAUACGGUGGUUGUUGGUGAGGCUGCCGGGAACGCUGAGACGGACAGCCCAUUACCGCCAAGUCCUCAAGCAGCGAGCAGGCGACCAUGGUACAGCAGCCUCGGGAUAGGCAAGAAGAAAGACGCAAUACCUAUAGAAGACGACGAGGGCAUGAAGCCAAGACCAAUGUUGCCUACAUUUGGCAGCGUGAGAGGCAGGAAGCAGUCAGCCAAAGAGCCAGAGGAGCGCCCUCUUGUUCGGCCUCACGAGCCAGUCUACGAGGAGUCGGAGCCCCCUACUCCGGAUCCUCUUGGUAAAGAUGCUGAUCCUGUGGGCCAAUCUAGCGACCGUGCUCUGGGUGCAAUAAUCCACGAGCAUGAACCCAAGAAUGAGGCUAACAUUUCCAAGUUCCGAGAGCCCCUGCCGCCUGUGGUCACAUCCGUGGAGGGUAGCGGAUAUGCCUCGGAUACUGCGAGCGACGAUAGUGAUGCUGCUCUCAUGGCAGAUACUCCCAGGCUUCACCCCGACGAAAGUCGAGUUAGCGAGGCUUCAACACUUGUUGCUGACUGGAAGCCCUCCAACGGCACCACAUAUGAUCGGGUUGGAGGCGAGCAGAUUGCCAGCGAUGUCAAGGACUUUGGCGAGGAGCCGCAUAAUGCAGCUUCCGACGUGCCGGCCAUAUCCGUCACACAGCCUAGCCCGCGUAUUGUCGAGUCAGAGCAAGACAAGGCUUCCUAUCGUUUCCCGGGCGAGUUCCCAGAGACGGACGCCGAGUCGGAUGCUGAGAACAAGUUUGCGGCCCAUGACGCGACAUUCAUGGAUUCGUCUGCGCCAGCACGACAGGUGACGUCUGAGCCUGUGGCACAAAAAGAGCAUGCCAUAGACGCAGUGUAUACUCCCGGCACUGCCCUAGCCACAAAGCAAGUCGCUCAGGAUCUCACCGAUGAAUCAGAUGGGGAGAGUGUUUAUAGCGAUGCAUACGAGGACCCGUUGGAUCCCGAAGGUGACGGUUUCCAGUCACUGGAUGCUGUCCUUGGCAGCCCCUCGAAACUACAGACAUCUAGUACCGAGAGGGCGAUGAUGGAUAUCGCCGAGUCUCCGACGCCGGGCCUCCCACAGAAGGCACCCGGACACGAAACAGCGGCAAUCGCCGCGAUACAGAAGGAAGGAAUUUCCGGACCCAUUGGCGACUGGGAAGCUGCCAAGGCGUACUGGAGGAGUCUUACCGCUGAGAAAAGAGCCCAGCUGGAGAGGGAAGCAGCUGAAGACGCCGGUGCUGAGGGUGAUCUCGAGGAUGUGCAGCCGGAUACAAAGAAACCGCGAAGAAAGAAGUCGAUCGAAAAAAGAAAUGCCGAGAAAAAAGUUAUUGAGGAGCAGAGAGCGGCCGAUGAACAGGUACGGACUUAUAUGGUCAAGCCAGGAUCCAAGGCCCAGGACUAUAGCUCAGCAGAGCAAUCUACACCCCGUGGUACACGUGUCUCCGAGAAGGCAGAAGCAGGCGCCAAGCUGCGCAAGACCAUGCGCUCCCCAGGCGGUAGCCCUGCCCAACCAACGCCCCCAGGUGAAACCGGGCCACGCAUGCGCAAGUCUCUACGUCCAGAUGCACCAGGCCGGUCGGCUGCAAACCCACAGCAACCUGCAUCUCCCCCACCAGCUUUGGGUAUCACCACCAAGAUCACGGGGCCGAGCAGGCACUCGCGAGCGGUUUCGGAGCCAGAAGGCAGGCCUAGUAUCACGCAGCCCAGCCUUCGACGCCACGGAUCAGACUCCAGCGCAAGUAGCUUCAAGCGAGCAAGACCGGCAAGUCAAGGAUUCGGCUUUCGCAAGACCAUGAGGGCAGGCAGUGGUCCCCAGGGUGCAGAAGCCUCUCAAGAAAGGCAGCCAAGCCGCUUGUCGCUACGGUCCAUGUCCCCUGGCGGUGGCUCUUCCAUCCGCGGCCAACCUCCUAUCACCAUGGACGGCAGGAUGCGUACAACACUCCGCGGCGGUCCGCCCGCCAACAAGCGCCGAAGCUCGCAGGACUCCGGGAAAGGCUAUUUGCGCUUCUCCGGCUCCUUUGGACAGAAGGCCAAGGGCAGGAAAGGUUCCAGAUUUGGCGAUGAUUCCAGUGACGAAGAUGAGGCGGAUGUACCCCGCCGCUUCUCGAGCCGCUUUGAUGACUCAAGUGACGAAGAGAUCGUUCCUGAGCUGCUGCCAUCGUCAAACAUUCCAAAGACGAUGCGCGGUAACAGAUCGCGCAACGCGCCGCCCAGUCCACCGCUGCCAGAGGAAGAGGAGCUUUCCGAUGAGGAAGACCCCGUCUGCGGCGACGAGGAGGACAAAUCCCAUCGUGUCACCUCGGGCCAAGCUCCCAUACCGCGCGCACAAGCCGAUACCAGCAUCAAACGCAGCCGUUCAGGCCGUGGCUCAUUGCCCAGGGCUGACGAGGGUACAGGGCGCCCCGCACGCCGCAGCUUCAUGUCAUCGGUUCUGCGCCGAAAUAAGAAGCAGGGCAGCGGUGCUAUCUCGCGUCCCGAGCGGCGGGAGAGCGCAGCGAGGGCAGACACCAAUCUUGAAAGGACUGCGGACGAGCUGGAUGCUCUGAGAUCCAACAGCCUGCGGGACAGGGCGGACAGUGGCGCCACAUGGCCGCUGAACGAGGACGUGCCGGAGCACGACCCCCUCGCGGCGGAGGACCGCCAGACAGACGAUGUCAAAGGCACACAUGUCGUGGAGGGCGGGUCUGUGAACGGCCAGAGCAGUCCCGGUGUCUUGGGCCACUCGAAGUCACAGCCGUCGUUGUCAAGACCUUCGUUCCUGCAGCGAAGGACGAUGUCGCAUCAAGGCACGAUUGAUACCGACAUCGUUGGAAGUGAUGCCGGCGGCAAGAAGAAGAAGAAGUUUGGGGCUUUGAGGAAGAUGUUCAAGCUUGAUGAAUAGUGGUCGGAAGGCGAGGGCUCCCGGCAGGGCAACUGCCUGCUGUAGUAAAGCAACCGGCUACCACGGGGUCUUGAGGCCAUGGGACCAAGUAAGAGAAGGAUGCAAAUGCAGUCAUAUCGCCGGAGACACUGGAUCUCACCACACACAGGGGGGGAAAGCGGCGGGCGGCAGCAACAGCAGACUAUAGGUUUCAUUUGUUUGGACGCUUUUUGGAAAUGCAACAGCAGCUCACAAGAUAGGUAUACACGGGCAGGCAAGGAUACCCCUAGGAAACAAAGGAAGGAAUAUUUGCCUUCAGGACAGCGAACUCGGCGGUGUUUUUUUCUUUUUCCCUUCUUUUCUGGAAAUGAUGAGGUCAGGUUUGAAUGAGUCCUCGUGUGUCGGUCUCGAACAUUCCAGCACGAGACAUACGAGACAGGGCUGGUCUAAAGUGGAUACCGGCGCUUGCUGCGAACAAGAACAAGCACGCAUAGAUGCUUCUAAAUUUAAUCUAAUGAGACGAGAAGAGAACCCAGGGGAGUCGGAAUCAUUGGGCAGCUAGUAAGCUCACUGUACUCGCCCUCGCUCUCAACCAGGACGAGAGGAGUGCUGAGCGACGGGAGUCUGUCGCCCUGGUGUGUCGC